AUGUUUUACAGGAUAGAGCAUGAAAAAUUACAUGCUAAACACAAAGGACAUGAAGCAAUGCACAUGGAGAUGGUUCUUAUUUUAUUUUCUACUCUAAUAGUUGCACAGGUUCUUCUGGUAAAAUGGAAAAAACACUACUACAAGUCAUUCAUGGUGAAUAAUCAAUUUGAAUCAAAACUUGAUUUUAAGAGUUUUUUGUUUUUACUUUAGCAUAAUAUCCACAUGUGAAUGCAACCUGAAUUGCUGUGGGCAAGUCUCGUCUGGCCAACAUGUAUACAGUCCAAGUCUUUAGGUCUUUUAAGACCAAAGUGGUUUAUUUAAGCAAUAAAGCACAUUUUUUUCUGUCAGUUUAACAGUGUAAUAAACCAUGAGAUGUUGGAAGAACAGGCAAAAAGUUUGUAAAUGAGCUACCGCAGGUGAGUGGUUUACAAACUUUUCUCAUGUUUUGCCAACAUCUUUAGUGGGUAAUUACACCCCUAAGCGUAUAGGAAGUGCAGUCUAUUGCUUUUAUUGAAUGGCUACAUGUAUGGGUUUACAGAGGGACAGUGCAGAUUUUGACCCAGCAGGGCACUUGUAACAUCUCAAUUAUUUUCUGAACUGCUGUAGAAACUACUCUUGCAAUCUAGAAGUCAAUUUUUUUUUUUUGAAAAUGUAAAUUUAAGAAACUAUUUGGAAGUGUUGCACAGAAAUUUCAUCCAGUGCAUCUCAACCUUAAUAGUUAAGAACCUUAAAUGAUUGUGAUUAAUAUCAGUUUUUUUGCUGAUAAAUGUACACUGUCACAAAACUAUCUGAAAUGAAAUAGCCUAGAGUAAAAUGUUUUUAUUUAUUGAGACAUAUUAUGUAGAAAUACCAAUAAUCAUCUUCUCCAAAUAAUAAUUGAUUACAACAUUUUUGUUUUCUUUCUUAUUCAAGACUGUGACCCUUGUUGGCAUGUGGUUAAUUCCUCUUUACUUCAAUGUACAACUCAAGUUCUGGCGCAUGUUGUGUGCAUGGGCUUUAUUCUCUGUUUUAACUGGAUUUAUUGUUUUCAAGUCCACACGAAAACCAGUAGCACCAAGUACCCCUAGGUAAGUAAAGAAAAAUGUUAAGAAUGCAAACAGAGGUUGAAUUAGGUUUUAGUCAGGGUUUUGACUGGACAUGAACUUCAUAUGAUAAAUAGAAGUCAUAAAACAGACCACUAAGUGUUCUUGAACAAAUAAGAUAAGACUGGUCAAGAACAGAAAAAGUUAAAAUUAAAUUCAUGAAUUUGAUUUUUUAUUGUUUUGUAGAAGGUCUCAAAUUUCGCAUGAACAUGAAAGAAUUUUUGAUAUUAUUUGUGAUGCAUGAAAAGGCCAAAUAAUUUUAUGUGACUAAGUUUUACAAAGGGGUAUAGAGAACCUGCUUACAGGCUAAACAGAAAGUGUUAACACUUUACUCCAUAACAUCAGUGUACAUAUUCUCCAUACUGCUUUUUAGAUAUUUCCUAAGUUCUGACAAGGAGAAUUUGUUCAGCAAUCAAGAGCUUCUUUAGUUGGUGAUCAUCUCCUAUAUUCUCAUGACCUUGAUGUUUGAUUCAGGGGAGUUACUGCAUGGAGAAAUUAGAUGUUAGUCAGUCUUAGGGGUGAAAGGGCUAAAUGGCUUGUAACUAGCUUUUAUUGAAUGUAACAUUCAAAUAUGAUCUGUUUCUCUCUACAGACUAGUGUACAAGUGGUUUUUAUUUGUGCACAAAGUAACCUAUGGCCUGGGAAUAUUAGGCUACGUGAUUGUUUGUAUGACCAUGCUAGGAAUGAAUCUGAUGUUUGCAAUUAAGCCUGAUACAGCAAUGGAGUUUGGAGUGACAGUAUUAUUCUACGGACUUUAUUUUGGAGUUCUUGGCAGAGAUUUUGCGGAGAUUUGUGCUGAUAAAAUUGCAUCCAAACUAGGAGUAAGUUUGAGGCUAUGAUUAUUUUACCUUUUUUUUAGAUCCUAAUUUCUUGUUGUGAUAUGCUGUCAGCUAGACUACAUACCCUUGUACAUACAGUCCCUCCUCUUCGGAGAAUUGUGUCGCGCAGGUAAAAGAAAAACAAGCUUACUCACAGGCUAAACAGACAGUAGGAAGAGGUCUUAUUAGUGGCGGUAGAUGGACAGUAACUGUCCUUUUUUAAAUUUUAUGAUACUGAAGAGGAGGUUUUUUUGUAGAUACAUGUACAUUAGCUGUAUCAGCAAGUACAGUAUGCACUUGCCAUUUGAUCACAAACUAGCCGGAAAUAUGAUAUAAGCAUAGGAUAAAUUCGUGUAUUUGAUAUAUCUCGCUUUGUGGUUUUGUUUAGUACACAAGUAAAGGUGGCCUUCCAAGCAGAAGUCUGGAGACUAAUAUUUGUGCAGUAUGCGGCCAGGAGCUUGUGUUGCGUAGUGAUGAGGAUGAGGACGAUGGGCCUGAGAAAACUUAUAAACUUACAUGUGGUCAUUUGUAUCCUUACCGAUUGUAUUAUAAAAUCUUAUGAUGCUGUUUGAUGCAAUACGCCGAUCACUUCGAAGCUUCAACAUACCCCCCCCCUCCCCCCCGCGCAACCGCUUGGGUAUUGAACUGUUUAAGAUUGGCUUGUUCAAAUUUCCACCCCCUCGGGCAAAAAUUAACUUCAAAUACCCCCCCCCCGUUCUUUUUUAAAAGGCAAAAUCAGCGACCGUGACUUUCUACAAAUUGACCAAUCUUUAAAACCUAGAUCUUGUAGACCUUUUCUUCUGAGCCGUUCGCUCGCGAAACAUGUGCAUUUAAAGAUAUAACAGCAGGAAAAGGCUCAACACAUCCGGUUCAAAUUUUCCACUCUAGCAAAUAACCGUGGGUGUGUAGACUGGUUAGACUGAAUUUUACCGAUUUUAAGACCAUCAGUAUUCUGUGGUGUUUUUGUUUUUGUUUGUUUUUUUUUUUAGUUGCUUGCUUUCUUUGCAAUAAUUUUUAAAGGAUAAUCUUAGUAGAUGAAUUUGUUGGUUGUUAGUUCAGUUUACAACAAGUCAAACCGACAAAUUUAUGCUUUAGUCCUGAUUCUUAACAAAACACAAUUCAGAUUUCACGAGUUCUGUAUUCGAGGCUGGUGUAUUGUUGGAAAGAAACAAACCUGUCCUUAUUGUAAAGAGAAAGUGGACCUCAAGAGAAUGUUUUGCAACCCGUAUCCUUUUUAAAUGGUCAUUUGUUGUUGGUUUUUUUUUUCAACUGGAUGGUUUAACAACGGAGGAAUAGACGAUCAGACUUGACUAGCAUUCUACAACCAUUGAUUGAUUUAAGUUUCCCUUGCUCAUUUCUCGUGAAGCAUGGCAGUGAUCGGGCAGGUAGGCCUCUCCAAUCCCUCCUUAUGUUUGUUGCCCUCUUGGCGGAAGUCGAAUCAAAUGACAUCUCACGUUGGUUGUGCAUGCAACUCGGUUUAAAUUAUUGGCAUGAAAUUAGUGGGCGAAUUUGUUGAGUUAACAAAUAGUAUCAUGCACGAUAAUGCCCCCACAAACGAUAUACUUCGUAACUGAGGACCUAGCUCGAAAUUUAUCAUCAUUCGUUUGCUAUUUAUUCGCAUGACGCUGUCGUCAUUGCUGAUUUUAACAAUGCGCAGGACGCUUGUCACAGGUGAAUCUAGGGUAGGCCUCAGUUCGCUCACGAGUUCUUUCUCCUUCAGUGGUAGAGCAUCAGCCUUGUGAAAUCCGCAAGUGUGGGAGCGACUGCUUGUGGGGAGCUCAGGUUUUCUGUGUCCCACACUCGUGCCAAAACGAAUAGUAUUUCAUAAACAGCUUCAGACAGCGGCUCAUGCGUUGUCUUGGGAAUAUAUACGAAGAGAUUUUCCUAAUUUUUAAUUGGUUAUCAUUCAAUCGCGAGACGUCGUAAGACGUCGCGAGUUCCCCAAACGUCCAUUAUCAUGCCACCUGGCAACGUCGAAUCAGCCGGGCCAUGGAGGCGUCAACGAAUAGCCCCUCCCCACACAUUUCUUUCUCUCUGCCAACGAUUCAAUGUCUUUUCCUUGACCAUUCCCUAGGUGGGAGCGCCCUCACGUCCUAUUUGGACAGCUGUUGGACUGGAUCCGAUAUCUAGUUGUUUGGCAACCCAUAAUAAUAGUUGUAGUUCAGAUAAUAAUUUAUUGUUUAGGGUUAGAGUAGCUACGGCCGCUGUUUCUUCAAAGAAUGAUUUAAUCUACCAAAAACUCGCAUAAAUUUAUUGUCAAACAAAGUUUUAUUUGCCCAAAUUCAAAAAGCAAUUGGAAGAAAUGCCCAGAUGUUUGUCCCGUACUUUAUUAUAUCAAGAGAUUUUUUUAAUGGUUAAAAGUAUGGUUCCGUUCGUAGUUUGAUUUUCGAACUGGAACAUGUAUUUAUCUCACCAAACAAAACGUCGUAUUCUUUCGUUCAAAAAUAGUAUGAAGAGUUAUUUUCAAAGUUUUGCUAUUAUCUUUUCCCUCGGUUUCAUCGCAGAGCUUGCGUUUUAAUGGUACUUUCAUGUAUGACCUUAAAAUACUAACCGAUUUUUACGCUAACAGCUUCGAUUUCUUCGUAGGUGAGCAUUUUAAAAGUGUUUUUGCUCUGGAAGUAGCGAAUAUUUUCUAAGACCUACCACGGUAGGAGUUUGAUUAUAAAUAACCGCAUGGGUCACUGUUUUGUUCCUAGCUGGUUUCUAAAAGUGCCAGUCACUUUUGUCUUAAACUAUCGGUGUCACUAUUUCUUUUCUGAUUGGCCGGCUAAAAGCACACAGCUGUUCCCCUUUGGCGUACUUUCGUUACGCAAUUAGAGACCAAAGGUUUAUU